CCCCUGUUCUCGACCGGCACGAGCAAGUUGUACACAUGCGGCAGUGACGCUCUCAUUCAAACUGAGACGUUUCUGGAUUUGAACUCACGGACUUAUUUCACAUCAAAUCCGAUAGGCAUACAUAGGGGGGUGUUUUUUCCCGGUGUAGUCACUUUAUUUUUUAACGUAAAGGGAAGUUUGUUUUGUUUUUGAGGAAGAUAUAUUUCUGACUCACUAUCCCGCGCGCGCUACCGUUUGUCCGCGCGCUAAUUAGCUUACCGGCUAGCGAGCACUAUUCUCCAGGAUCGAUAACUGCAACGUGUGGAUGUACCCCUGCUCAUCUGCAGUUACACUUGCACAAUGGCUGUCUGUUCACUCUGCUUAAUAGCUCUGCACCAAAGACACAGCAACAGAUCUAGUUUAAUUACAGGAUAGCAAUAAGCCCACACUAUACCUCUGUUUACCUUAAUUGUUUUCUGGUCAGUUCCAGGUAAACAUAUCACAAGUUUGCACUGCUAAAUCUCAGAAAGCCUGUUUAAACAGGUGGGCCUUAAGAAAAUUAAAUUAUUUAUUUUACCGUUUACCUCUUAAUUUUACUAGCUGCUGCUUAGAAAUAGCAUUAAUUAAAUAGCUAUUUUGACAGGCAUUCAUUCCCUUUAAGAUUGUGAAGUAAUUCCUCUAUAGUCUACAAUCAUGGUUUCAACAACUGCGACUGCAAUAAUACUGGCCAGCACAGUAGGGCUAGUGACCCAGACUGCUCUGACAGAGUACAUGUGGCUGCUGAUUGUCGGCUUCAUCAUCGCCUUCAUCUUAGCCUUUUCCGUCGGUGCCAAUGAUGUUGCAAACUCAUUUGGCACAGCUGUGGGCUCUGGAGUGGUCACCUUGCGACAGGCGUGCAUUCUGGCCACAGUGUUUGAGACUCUGGGCUCUGUGCUUCUUGGUGCCAAAGUCAGUGAAACCAUCCGCAAGGGUAUCAUCGACGUGGGCAUGUACAAUGGAUCUGAGCACGUGUUGAUGGCCGGAUCCAUCAGUGCCAUGUUUGGUUCUGCUGUGUGGCAGCUGGCCGCCUCCUUCCUUAAGCUCCCCAUCUCUGGAACACACUGCAUUGUUGGUGCUACUAUUGGCUUCUCGCUGGUUGCCAGAGGCCAGCAGGGAGUCAAGUGGCUUGAACUCCUCCGUAUCGUUGGUUCCUGGUUCCUGAGUCCCCUUUUGUCUGGAAUAAUGUCAGGCAUUGUUUUCUACUUUGUGCGCAUGUUCAUCUUACGCAAGAAAGACCCUGUGCCUAAUGGAUUGAAGGCCCUGCCUGUCUUUUACGCCAUAACUAUGGGAAUUAACCUGUUCUCCAUCAUGUUCACUGGAGCUCCGAUGCUGGGAUUUGACAAGAUCCCUUGGUGGGGCACCCUGCUCAUCUCGUUGGGCUUCUCUGUGCUGACCGCCCUUGUGGUCUGGUUUAUUGUCUGCCCUCACCUCAAGAAGAAGAUUGAACGAGAUAUCAAGUCUUCCAGCCCCUCUGAGAGCCCCCUGAUGGAGAAGAGGGAGCUGAGAGAGGCCCACUGUCCAAUCCUGAAACAGACCGCCAAGGAGACAUCUACGCCUCCCGCCGCAGCUGCCAAUCAGAACCCCUCUGCUCAGCCCCAGGCUGCCCCCGAGGAGCGCAGGGUGGCAUUUGACAUUGGAGAUUCUGACGAUGUUGACAAUAAUAAGGAACGCAAGGUGGCGUUUGACAUUGGAGAUUCUGAUGACACAGAUUUCAGUAUUGCAAAUGGUGCACCCAAACAGGUUCAAUCAAACAAUCAGGUCCAGGCCAACAACCAGCAAGUCCAGAACAGUAAUGGUUCCACAAAUGCUUCCAAUCAGGCCCAGUUCAACAGGCCGGCACAGAUGCCAAGUAACGGUUACAGCCAGUACCACACAGUCCACAAGGACUCCGGACUCUACAAGGACCUACUCCAUAAGCUGCACUUGGCCAAGGUUGGUGACUGCAUGGGCGAGGGGGGUGACCGGCCCAUCCGUCGGAACAACAGCUACACCUCCUACACCAUGGCCAUCAUCGGCAUGCAUGGAGACUUCAAGCAUAAAGAAGGUGACUUCCGUGCCAGCGAGGAUGGCGACAAAGGACCAGUGUCCGGUUGUCAGGAAAGGAAGCGCGUGCGUAUGGACAGUUACACUAGCUACUGCAAUGCUGUGGCGGAGCACACAACUCCUGAAGGUCUGGGAGAGGUCGAUGUGACACUAGAAAUGGGGAAGGAGGAUGCAGGUAGCAGCCAAAGCUCUCUGGAUGAAGAUGGUCUUGAGGCAGACAAGCCAGAAGUCUCAACUCUGUUCCAGUUCCUCCAAAUUCUCACUGCUUGCUUUGGAUCCUUUGCUCAUGGAGGAAACGACGUUAGUAAUGCUAUUGGACCAUUGGUAGCUCUGUGGUUGGUUUACACAACCAGCAGUGUGACUUCAAAUGAACCCACACCCAUUUGGCUGCUGCUGUACGGUGGCGUGGGUAUCUGCGCUGGACUCUGGGUGUGGGGUCGCCGAGUGAUCCAGACUAUGGGCAAGGACCUUACCCCCAUUACCCCCUCAAGUGGUUUCAGCAUUGAACUGGCCUCAGCCCUGACUGUCGUGGUAGCCUCUAACAUUGGCCUGCCUGUCUCCACCACCCACUGCAAGGUGGGCUCUGUGGUUGCAGUAGGAUGGCUGCGCUCAAGGAAGGCAGUCGACUGGCGUCUGUUCAGAAACAUCUUCAUGGCGUGGUUUGUGACAGUGCCCAUCUCUGGCCUCAUCAGUGCCGCCAUCAUGGCCAUCUUCAUCUAUGGCAUCCUGUGAGCAUAGGGCUGCACCCCGAGCAGGGGAGGAGAAAGAAAACCGCUCUAGUGCGUACAAGAAGAAAAGGAGUAAAGUUGGAAGGCCAAAAUAUAUCGCUUACCUCAAGCCAACAACUUUGGAAGAAAAAGGAAAAAAAAUUGAAAUGUUUGAAAGGACUUGUGAUAUGGGCCUGUGGUUCUUGGCUGCAUCAUUUUCAACCUAGAAUUUGUUCCAGUUGGGCCACAUUACUUCCAGUGGGAAGCUUGCAUUUCUUUAUUCUGACUUGCUUUUUCAUAUCUCAUCAUUCUGUAAAGAGUUAAUCUAAAAGCAUCAACUGAUUAUUUUUUUUCUAAUACUCAUUCUUCCAUUUUUUUUUUUACUUUGCAAUUAUGUACAUAUACAACCAUGCUCUGUUUUUAAUUUUGUUUUACACGUUAGAAAGAAAUGAACAAUUAAAAUGCAGUAUUAGCCUUUGCAGAUGUAACUCUCCAGUCAUAACAUAUGAUGAAAGUAACGUAGAUGCAAAAGGAGUAUUUUUAGGUGGAAAACAAGGUUAUUGGUGUGUCUGUGCGUGUUUUUCCCCAAUUCCAAGUAUUUGUUAUUGAUGAAUUAUUAUUUUGCAUCUGGCUUCCUCAUAUCCCAUAAACUGGGACAUUUGUUUUUCCUUUCUCUGGUAUAGAACAAAUUUGACUUUAAACUCAUUGUAAAUUCAGAGAGGUUGGUGGCAGUGUUUUCUGCCAUACUUAAACGAUGUGAUUGCGUUCACAGCACUGCAGGUUUGUCUCUACAACGCAGAGUUAUCUGAAUAAUUUACUAUGGUAGAAGCACUAAUUGUACACACUGGAUGGCUGCCUGCAGAAUGAUACUGUAUCAUUAGCAUAAGAAGUCAACACACUUCUGCAAGGGAAUGAAGAGGCCCUAAUCUUUGAAAUCAGGGGACUAUCUGUGAUCGAGUUCGCUCAUCAGAAUAUCCUGAGGCUCUACAUUCUUGAUCAGCGCAGAUAUAAACUGCCUGAAAUUACUUGGUUACUUGAAUUUGAGAAAUGUAACAGCAGAAUGUCACCUAAUGCAAACGUGUUGUCUCAAACAAGCCCUCAAGUCUCCUGUCAACACUUGAUUGCAUCAUCCUUGAUGGUUAAAUGCUUUAGCCUUGUUUUACUAGUUCACCUCAUACGGGCUACUUCCCAGUAUUUGGGUUUUUCUUUGGAAUCUGCACCUACCUGGACAUUCGGGUUGCUCUCGCUUUCCUUUCUCCCCCGGCCCAGAAAAAUCUGAACAAAGCUGUAAAUCAGGAGGAACAAAAACCUAAAACUGGAAGUUAUCUAAGAUGGGUGGUUUGGUGUUGAGCUGAUCUCUUGUUUGAGUGAGGGCGAACAUACGUUGCAUGCCACCAGUGCGUGGUCAUUUGGCUGCAGUAUAAAUGCAUUUCAGAUCUAUAGAUGCUGUAGUUGCCUUAAUUGUUUAAUUUUUUCACUUAGGUACCAAAGAAAAGAGUUUUUGUUUUGUUUAAUUUUUUUUUAUGCACAUCAACACACUUGUGGAAAAAAAAAAAAGACAAAUAAAAAUUGGAAAACAA